CUUUCUUGUGCAUUGGAUAGCGCCAGGCGAGCUCUACAGCUGCCGGUCCACAGGGUCACACGAAGCGGACACCAAGGGUCGCGCACAUUUGAGUGCACGUACGGAUGCUGAGCGAGCGAGUACUUAAUGCCCUGCGCAUAGUCACUUCCUUAGUUGGCUGCCAAGCUCGUGUAGUCAUACAAUCCUCUGCAGCACAGCGAUUAGCUACAUCGCUAAUAUAUAGUUUCCAUGGCAGACUUACAGCAUCGUCGGUUUAGGUCUUGCAAGAGCGAGUCUGUAGAAUUCUUCAGCAACCUUGACGUCUGCAGCCAUCAGCGCAACGUAGCGGUCAUUUGCGCCAGUGGGCACGCGGCGCCUGUGCCAAUCCUUGCCGCGGCGACUGGCGGGCUCGACUUCCUGUGCAAGCUUCUCCGCGGCAAAAGGCACAUUCUGCACGUGUGCAGUGUGCUUGAGCACAACCAGGACACCGCUCACGCCCACUCGACCGCGCUGAGCGGCGCCAUCUCCCAGGCUGGUGGAAGCCCUUCCGCGGCCAUCCCCCGCGCCGCGACGGCCGCUGCGGCGGCGUGCCAGCAGUUCGCUGCUGGCACCAGCAGCGUGCUCCAGCCCCCGGAGAUCAACGUGGGACUGCUAGGCGUGCAGCGGCUGAAGGAGUACUUUGAGGACCACGCGGCGGAGAAGGCGCUGCUGCGGCACGACAAGCCGCUGGCCGCCGCGCCCGCCGCCGCGCACCUCAAGCACAUGCCCGCCUACCUCAAGGACCCCUCGCUCAUCACCGAGGCCAGCGAGGUGCAGGCCCUACACCCGGCGCUGGUGGACAGGGUCAAGACCCUGCGCGAGGCGGCGGCCAAGCUGCAGGCGGCGCCGUCGGAUGCCGCCAAGCAGGCGGCACGGCGGGCGUUCAUGAACGCCAAGGGCAAGGUGGCGGGGCUGAUGGUGGUGGUAGACACCAUGUUCAACGAGAACAGCAGGGACGAGGUCCUUGCCCUGCUGUCAACCAGCGAGGUGGCGCGGGCGGCCACCACCGUUCGCGACGCGGUCGCGAGUAUUCAGGCCGUGGCGCUGCAGCCCGCCCACGUCAACGCCGAUGCCAACGCCGGCGCCGAUGCCAACGCCAACGCCGCCGCUGACGGCGCCACCGCUGACGGCGCUGCCUCUGACGCCGACGCCGAUGAGGCCCACUACGGCGCCGCCUCUGACGCCGACGGCGGAGAGGCCAACGCCCCGCCGCUGCCGUCGGGCCCACGCGGCCGCAGCUUCGCAGCCGUGGUCGCCGCCGCCGCCCGCGUGUCAGCUGUUGCCAAGGCGGCGGCGGCGCAGUCGCGCGCCGAGGCCGCCGAGGGAGGCGAGGAGGACGUGCCCGGCGACGGCACGGUGGUGGUGUCGUGCGGCGCCGCGCCCGCGCCCAAGGCCGCCGCGUGAUGCUUGCCUGCAAGGCAGUUGGCGGCCUCUUGACCGCGGCUAAACUGAGCCGAGCGCGGCCGUACCCCUGCCAGCAUGCGUGCGUGUUGUGUGCAUUCGCCGGGUUUCCAAGUGACGCCCGUGACGCCUCCCAUGACCGUUUCCAUCAUUCUUUGUGCAAUCAAUAAUGUUGCGGCAUAGUGUAUGCAUUCGCACGUGUCUGCCCUCAUGAAGGUCAUAGACGGCAAGCACGGAGUAUCGCACUGAACGUUUUGGCUGUACGGCAUUGACCCUGAAGCGCUGUGCUUGGACGCAUGAACAUGGGCGGGGGCGGGAUGCCCCGUCGAAGCAUCGUCAAAGACUUUGGACAUGCCCGCCCGAUGUAACACCAGAAUGCC